AUGCAGAAGACUCACCUGAACCUCGUCGACGACGACGACGAUAUGGACUCUUGCCCACCUCCGAUCCCCAUUCGAUCGCACACACCAAGACGGCAGCUCACAAUGAAACAAAGUUUUGAGACACAAGAUUUAGGCGACGGAAAAGCCGAUUUCGACCCACGACUACUGCAACAGCCAUCGAAAUCGCCGUCCACUCACGGCCACCAUCGCUCAAGUCACUACCAGAACCAGACUUAUACUCACAACCACACUCAGAACAACAACCAGAACCACGAUCAGAAUUAUACCCACGUCCAUGCGACAUCACAAACACCAACAACUGCAACAGCGCCAGUACCAGUCUCUGUCCCCGCGCUCCCAACUUCACCCGCUCGACCAUCAUCUGCUGCCACAUCGCGAAGCGCAAUGUCAUACCGAUCACACGAGACAGAAGUUUGGUCGCAAAGAGAACGAGAUGCUUCAUCUAUUUCGUCCGUCUACGUCCCUACGCAUCUCCCCGCGCUGCAAGCCAAGGGUGCUGGUGCAGACGGAGACGGCCUGGAACCCUUGACAGAGGAGGAAUAUGACCCAUCAUCUUUCGAUCUCGUCGUUCCGGCACAUGCCAUGGGGAAACAAUACACUCUCGAGAGCCAAUCCGAGCUGUUGUUUUCCGCCAAGCAUCUGACCAUCAUUUUCGAAGAUCCCAUACUCUUGCAGCGUUUCACAAACUUCAUUUCCGCAUCGCGACCUGCUUCAGUGCCACUUUUGACUUAUUAUCUCGAUACCCUCAAAGCGAUCAAAGCAAUUAAUUACGCAAACUCUCUGACAACAUCUUUGGAAGGGAUUGAUGGUCACGAUUUUACGUUGGACCCUGUUACCAAUACCGUCAACGCUGCUCUGCAGAAAAGAGCGACUGAUGCUUUCCAAGCCAUGGCCAACCACGAUUUACCAGCCUACAUCACCCACACGUACAUCCAAACCGUCAGCAUCACCAUCAAGCGAAGAAUAACAGACACAUUGGCUCCCCAACUGCGCGAGCUGUCAGAGGGCUUGGCAGAGGUUUUCUGUCUUACAGACCCUUCACGACCUGACAACCCGAUUGUUUUCGCUAGUGAGGAAUUCCAUCGAACAACGCAGUACGGUAUGGAUUAUGUUUUGGGCCGUAACUGUCGAUUCCUUCAAGGUCCCAAAACGAACUCGUACAGUGUGCAGCGGAUCCGAGAAAAGCUUAAAGCUGGCCAAGACCACUGCGAGACCUUCCUCAACUACCGUCGUGAUGGCUCACCUUUUAUGAAUCUGCUCAUGGUAUCUCCUCUAUACGACUCGCGCGGUAUCGUUCGUUACCAUCUCGGUGCACAGGUCGAUGUGUCUGGUCUUGUGACAGACUGCGCAGGACUUGACUCACUAUCAAAACUGCUGAACCGCGAAAACCCCGAAAACGAGCGUUACCCUGGCGAGAACGCCCGCAAGGAAAAGGAACAGAAGACGGACGAGUUCAGAGACUUGGCAGAGAUGUUUGAUCUCACUGAACUCAGGACCGUACGUGAAUCAGGCGGUGCUUUCCACAGGACACGACAGCAGGAUUUGAGACAAACGGAUGCUGCACCUGCGAACUGGAGCAAGCCGAGAUUUGUCUUUGAGGACGACGCAACCAUCAACAGACGCUUGUCGGACCCCAUUCUCCAGGAUACAGCUGCUAUGAGUUUCGGUGGUCGCCUGAGUGGUGUUUACAAGCACUACCUGCUUGUCCGCCCAUAUCCUAGUCUGCGUAUCCUCUUCGCCUCGCCAUCUCUCCGUGUACCAGGCAUGCUGCAAAGCUCAUUCCUGUCCCGCAUCGGCGGCUCCGACCGUGUUCGCGAAACCCUCACGCAAGCAUUUGCUGGUGGAAACGGUUUGACAGCCAAGAUCCGCUGGUUGUCCAAGACCGACAUGAACCACAAGAACCAUGGCGAAGGUGGUCAAGCACCUCCCACGAACCCCGGCCGCAACCGCUGGAUUCACUGUACACCUCUUCUUGGAUCAAACGGCGCUGUUGGUGUAUGGAUGGUGGUUUUGAUCGAUGAUGAGUCUGAUGAAGCUUUUAUUCGAGGAAUGAGGAGGGAUGCGCCUAUCGUGCAGCCUGCGCCGAGGCCAAAGUCAAGAGUUGAUCAACUUACAGGCGAUGAUGAUGCAAUGAGUUUGAGUAGCUUUGCUGCGCAGCAUCGUGGUUAA